GAGAUGUCGUUUAUUUAUAGUUACAUUUAGAGAAUUUUGAAAUCUUAAUCUUAUAGUUUUUAUUUUGUAAGCACGGGUCAGCGCAGGACGUAAUACUAUAUUACCAGAGAUAUUUAUUCUUUAGAAUUUAUCUAAAUACUAACAAAUAUUUAAAUGAUACGAAACUUCUUUCAUUUCAUUAUCUAGGCACUUUUGUUAUGGUCGCAAUAGAACCGAUAUACGACUUAAAGUGGCGCCAUUGCAUAUAAAGUAUGCAUAUAAAGUACAUCCGUUUACAAAAAUAUAUAAAGUAUAUACGUUUGAUAAGUGUAUAAGGUAAAAACGUUUUUGUAAGUUUAUGAAUGUCAACUUAUUUUAAAAUUGUAAUAAUAAAAAGUAAUUUAUAAAAAUGGACGAAGACAAAGCUCUUAAUAUUUGUGUGCCUGGACAAAGAUUGUGUGCUUCUGAUAAAGUUGUUAUACCAGGAGCUGGAACAUAUGAAGAGCAAGGUUAUAUUUACUCUAAAGUAGCUGGUGUUGUUAAAUUUAUAACGGAAGAAAAUACACGUACUAUCGAGGUGCAUGGUAUUACAGAGCAAAGUAUAGUACCAGCACCAGGUGAUAUUGUUACUGCAAUGGUUACCAUUGUUAAUCAAAGAUUUUGCAGGUGUAAUAUUAAAUGUAUAGGUGACGUAGUAUUAACAAGACCAUAUAAAGGAAUGUUAUGGAAAGAGGAUGUAUGUGCCAUUGAUAAAGAUAAAGUGGAAAUGUAUAAAUCUUAUCGACCUGGAGAUAUUAUUCUUGCAAGAGUUUUACCAAUGACAGAAGCACAUACCUAUCAACUUAGUACAGCAGAGAAUGAAUUAGGAGUAGCGAUUGCUCAUAGUGAAGAAGGUGUAGCAAUGAUACCUAUAAGUUGGACCCAAAUGCAAUGUCCAAAGACAUUGUACAAAGAAUAUAGAAAAGUUGCCAAAGUUGUACCUGAACAUGUUAUAGCUGAAUAUUAAAAUAAAAUUUAUUAUACACAA